AUGGUGGUAAAUGCAGAGCAUAGGGUGCCAGGCCUUGAAGGUGGGGUCAACCACAUAGACCUCAGCAAAUUUGAUAAGAGCCUCAAUAGGGGCAGUGAAGUAGGGAUUGGAGAUAUCAACAAGGAUGGUGGGGAAUCCAUAGGCCAUGUAAGAGAUGAAGAAAUCCAUGUGGGGAGUUGUUGGUUCAAGUCAAAAUGUUGCUCAUUUUCCACCAAGCAGGAUGGUAACAUCUGCUCUGAUAUCAAAAUUGUUGGACUCUGCAUGUCCCUCACUCAAGCCAUGCAGCUAUUAUACUUCCCCCAUGUCCCUCUUGCUAUGGUAUUGAUCAAGUACUCUUCCAGUCACUACCACUAUUUCUAUUAUGCUCCACCUUUGCUCAUGCAACAAAUCAUGAUGAAAAAAUCCGAGAAUUCCUCCAGGACAUCUGGAACCAAGUGCGAAGAUCUACUCCAGUGGAACACCAGCCAGAAAACUUCAUCUGGUGGAUUCAAAGCCUAG